AUGGAGGAUGCUAGAAAGGACGUUCGUGGCUCAGCCCUAAUCUUCCCCUCUCUGAGUCUUUAUUCCCACAUUGCACUUGUAGGUUUGAGCGUUUCAGAGCACGCUCAGCUCCGGCUGGUGAAUGGCUCGAGUCGUUGUGCUGGGAGAGUCGAGGUGCUUCACAACCAGCAGUGGGGAACCGUGUGUGAUGACAGCUGGGACUUACUGGAUGCUGGAGUUGUGUGCAGGCAGCUGGGCUGUGGGACGGCGUUAUCAGCCCCAGGGCUGGCUGAGUUUGGAGAAGGGUCUGACCCCAUCUGGCUGGCUGAGGUUAACGGCACAGGGACAGAAGCUGCCCUCUCCGAAUGCAGAGCUAGUCCUUGGGGAGGCAAGAACUGUACCCACAGAGAAGAUGCCGGUGUUGACUGCUCAGGUUUGACCAUUUCAGAACACACUCAGCUCCGCCUGGUGAAUGGCCCAAGUCGCUGCACUGGCCAAGUCGAGGUGCUUCAUGACCAGCAAUGGGGAGCCGUGUGUGAUCACAGCUGGGAUAUGAAUGAUGCCAAAGUUGUGUGCAGGCAGCUGGCGUGUGGGGAAGUGUUAUCAGUCCCAGAAAAAGCUUGGUUUGGAGAAGGGUCUCACCCCAUCUGGCUGGAUGAGAUUAACUGCACAGGAACAGAAGUUUCCCUCACCGAGUGCGGGGCUAGACUUUGGGGAGACCAUAACUGUACUCAUGAAGAAGAUGCCAGUGUUGUGUGCUCAGGUAACCCUCACGUAUAGCACUCCCAGCUCCGACUGGUGAACAGCCGGAGUCGCUGCACAGGAAGAGUCGAAGUGCUUCAUAACCAGCAAUGGGGAACCGUGUGUGAUCACAGCUGGGACCUACGUGAUGCCGGAGUUGUGUGCAGGCAGCUGGGCUGUGGGACGGCGUUAUCAGCCCCAGGAAGAGGGCAGUUUGGACAAGGCUCUGACCCCAUCUGGCUGAAUGAUGUCCACUGCACAGGGACAGAGGUGGCCAUCACCGAAUGCAGGGCCAAGCCCUGGGGAAUCCAUAACUGCACCCACGAAGAAGCUGCCGGUGUUGUGUGCUCAGGUUUAUCUAUUUCAGAGCCUGCUCAGCUCCAGCUGGUGAAUGGCCCACAUCGCUGUGCAGGGAGAGUCGAGGUGUUCCUGAGCCAGCAGUGGGGAACCGUGUGUGAUGAUGACUGGGACUUUCUUGAUGCCAGAGUUGUGUGCAGGCAGCUGGGCUGUGGGACGGCGUCAUUAGCGCCACGUGAAGCUCACUUUGGACAAGGAUCUCACCUCAUCUGGCUGGAUGAGGUUAACUACACAGGGAAAGAAGCUGCCCUCUCUGAAUGCAGGGGUAGGCCUUGGGGAGUGCAUGACUGUUACCAUGUAGAAGAUGCCAGUGUUGUGUGCUCAGUCCUAGUCUUUGCUGACCCGAGCAAACUGUUCAUCCUGCAUACUGAUGCCAGUUUGGUGGGACUGGGAGCAGUACUGUACCAGGAGGUGGAAGGCAAAUGUAAACCUGUAACCUUUGCCAGCCGAGGACUGGCUGAUAGUGAAACUCACUACCCCAUCCACAAGCUGGAGUUCUUGGCCUUGAAAUGGGCCAUCACUGAGAAGUUUCGUGACUACUUGUACGGUGCUAGGUUUCAAAACUACGAACCCAGUUUGCUGAACUUCAGCACAGAUUAUCAGACCAAGCGGAGGCAUUACAACAAGCUAGAACUGAACAGAGAGAAGCCUUAUCGCUGGCCAAGGCGACCAGGAGACAUUACAGUAGAGGAGUGGGUCAAGUCUGUGAAGGCAGCUCUGCGUGUGCUAAGAGUGCCUGAAGAAGAUCAUGUGGACUUCAUAGAGGAGCACCUCAAGGGCCAGGCCAAGGCCACAGUAAAGUUCAUGCCAGUGGCAGACAAGAAAGAUGUGGAAAAGGUAUUUGAACUCCUUCUAGAAGUGUAUGGAGACAAGGUACCUAUUGGAACCCGACUAAAGGAGUUCUUUGAGAGAAAGCAGGAGCCCGGUGAAACUAUCUGGGCACACGUAUAUGACCUCCAGGAGAGAAUGAGCAAAGUGGAGCGGCGAGACCCUCAGCAAGUUCCAGACCCAGAUACGGUUCUGAAAGAGCAGUUGAUGCUGGGGCUCCGUGACGACUCCCUCCGACGUGAAAUGAAAAGGAGGUUUAAAGAAGAGCCCAAUAAGAAGUUCCAUCAACUCAUGCAGGCUGCCAUUAUGUGGUCAGAAGAAGAGGAGGUUCCUGUGGCAGAGACAGCCAAGCUGUACACGAAGUGUGGGCCUAGUGAAUGCAACUGCUGGGGAAAAGGCCCUCCCCCAAACAGAGCUAACAUUGGAAAGCUUAAGUGA